UAUCCUCAUCACUGUAUCCAGAUCUAAGCGCACCUCCUAUCGACAUCGAGAUUUCACCGUAUCGACGACGUCACGCCGUGCCUGUAUUUUGUUGUGUCUACGCGACCAGCGACAUGCUCGCCCUUAUCACGUUUCCUGCAUUCCUGUGAGUGACUUUUUAUUCAUACUUAUUCUAUUGGUCAUUGCUACUCUGUACUCGUGUUUUUUUAACAAACGAAUUCUUGUCAUAAUUGUAUAAUUUUAUUAUUAUUAUUUUUCUUUUAUAUUCACAUUUUGUUACUCAUUUAAAAUGGCCGAAGGUCGUUCAACCAGCCCGAAACCCGAAAUCUCUGUCACAGACACAGAGGAAGAUACCCAGGGCCAAUUACAUCCAGGCCCCUCCACUAGAUCUAGUAAAAAGAAAGCGGCUGUAAUUCCCAAAUCCGAAAUUGAAUUAUCCACUUUGCUUAAAUUUAUAAAGCCAUUUGAUGGUUGUAGAGAAAAGUUAAAUUCAUUUUUAGUAAAUUGUAAUAAUGCUUAUGAAAUAGCCUCGGACACACAAAAAGAUAUUCUCUUUAAAUACAUACUCUGUCAGUUACAAGGCAAAGCAGAGACCGCCUGUUCCAUUAAAGAAUUUACUAAUUGGCAUCAGCUUAAAGAGUUCCUCAAAACGCAGUUCAGCGAGAGGAAACAUUACGCUCAUCUCCUCACCGAAUUACAGGAAUGCAAACAACAAGUCACUGAAACUGUCAGUCAGUAUGCUUUAAGAAUAGAGACUUGCUUAUCUCAUUUACUUACCGAAAUUUCCAUCUCACACGGCCAUAAAAGUAGAGAAAUGAUUGGACGUAGUGCCGCGAUGGAGGAAUUAGCCCUCCAUCAUUUCCAAAUGGGGCUAACGCCUCGAAUAUCUAAUUUUGUUAGGAGUAAAUCCGUUAAAACUUUAAACGAAGCAAUUAAUAUCGCAAUUUCUGAAGAAAGAAUCCAACAAUCUUUAUCUAAACACUCAGCCCCGUCUAGCAAUCAACAAUCUCGUCAGUUUAUACGUCGUAACCAAAAUCCAUCUUCAUUCAAAAACAAUCCUAUUACUCCUCGUCCUAAUAAUAAUAAUUCCAUCCUUGUCUGCCGAUAUUGCAAAAAUCCAGGUCAUACUAUAGAACAAUGCCGAAAAAGGGAAUUUAAUAAUAAUCGCUUCAAAAAUCCUGAUCAAAACUAUACAAGGCAACCCCGUGUUCAUUUCAUCUCCGAUGAAACUUCGGAAACUAACGAUGAUUUUCUUACCAAUCCUGAGGGCGGUUAUGACACCGUAGACUCUAAUCAAAAAAACGAGUAAACAUCUCGUCCCAGUGUCGUGCGGGAUUAUAUAAUUUUAAAACCGGCACUAUCAAUUAUAAUUCAUCUACUAAAUCCUCUGUAUCCACUGUAUCUAUGCAGCAACCCAAGGUUGAUCUGCCCAAAUCUACUAAAUCCUCUGUAUCCACUGUAUCUAUGCAGCAGCCCAAGGUUGAUCUGCCCAAAUCUACUAAAUCCUCUGUAUCCACUGUAUCUAUGCAGCAACCCAAGGUUGAUCUGCUUAAAUCUACUAAAUCCUCUGUAUCCACUGUAUCUAUGC